AGCGGUGGCGCAAGCCGCGCGGAGCAGCGCAGCCUGGGUCCGCUCCUUGCUUCGCCACCGCCUCCCGACCCGGCCAGCAGAGCCGGCCCCCCGGCCCCCCCGGAACACCUCAAAGCGGACGAAGGAGUCCAUGUUGGGGAACUUGGCGGUGGAGUGAGGGGGACCUAGGGACCUGCGGUGGGGCCGUCGCGUCGCCAGAGCAAGCGCUUCGACCUCGGCCUGAGGAAACCCUUUUCCAAGGAGAAAUGAAGAAGAAAACUCUAUAUACUCUAAAUGUGGAAGAUCAGGAGUAUGAAGAUAUGGAAGGUGAAGAAAAUGGAGAUAAUGCUGCUACCACUGGUCUUUUGUAUAAUGAAGCUGACAGAUGUCCAAUAUGUCUUAAUUGCCUAUUAGAGAAGGAAGUUGGUUUUCCAGAAAGCUGUAAUCAUGUCUUCUGUAUGACCUGUAUUCUUAAAUGGGCAGAGACACUGGCUUCAUGUCCUAUUGACCGAAAACCUUUUCAGGCAGUGUUUAAAUUCAGUGCAUUGGAAGGUUGUGUUAAGGUUCAAGUAAAAAGACAAUUGAGAGAAACAAAAGACAAGAAACAUGAAAGCCCUUUUAAGGAACAGCUCUCCUGUCAUGAAAAUUCUAAAAGCUGUAUAAGAAAAAAAGUCAUCAUAAGAGAAGAUCUAUUAAGUGCAAAAUUUUAUGACUUGAAGAUGAUACAUGGAAACUCUCCAUACGGUGAAAUGGGAGGAAAGAAAAAUGCAGCAAUAAAGAUAAAUAAGCCUCAAAGAUCAAAUCAGUGUACAAGUCAGUGCUUCAGAAGUUUUUUCUCCAAUAUGUUUUCUUCUAGUAGUCACACUGGAGAGUCUUCUUUUACCUAUAGAGCUUACUGUACAGAAUUUAUAGAAGUCAAUGAAAUCAGUGCAUUGAUUAGGCAGAAGAGACAGGAACUGGAAUUGUCAUGGUUUCCUGAUACAUUACCUGGAAUUGGAAGAAUUGGUUUUAUGCCCUGGAAUAUUGAAACAGAAGUUCUUCCUCUAAUUUCUUCUGUGUUGCCGAGAACUAUUUUUCCAACAAGUACCAUAUCUUUAGAAAAUUUUGGUACUUCUUGCAAGGAAUAUGCAUUAGCACAUACCCAAGAAGGAGAAGAAAAGCAGCAAACUUCUGGUACAUCAAAUACUAGAGGAUCAAGACGAAAACCUGCAGCAACAACUCCUACAAGGAGAUCUACACGUAACACGAGAGCUGAAACAGUCAAUCAGUCCCAGAGAUCUCUGGUAUCAAAUAAUUCUGGGUGUGAUGCCCCAGGUAACAAUAAUCCAAAAGUGAGUGUUUCCUCUUCAGCUGAGUCACAAAAGCAAACAAAACAGCCUCCAAAACGGAAGUCUGUAAGAAGAGGAAGAAAACCACCUUUACUGAAAAAGAAACUUCGGAGCUCUGUCCCUCCCCCGGAAAAAUCAUCUUCCAGUGAUUCAGUAGAUGAAGAAACAGCGGAAUCUGACACACCACCUGUUUUAGAGAAAGAGCACCAAUCAGAUAUAGCAUGUAGUAACACUUGCACUGUGGAAACAGAUGUAGAAAACCAGUCUGCUAAUUACUCAAAAAGUGGCAAUCAGCAAAUAGAAGAAAGGGGGGAACAUACUGAGAGUCAUGAUAUAGAGGAAAGUGUAGAAUUUUCUUAUUUUGAGUCUUGUACUCAAGAUACUCCUGUGCUAGUCGGAGAGGAGGAGGAAAUUCAAAAACUUGAGAAUACAAGUAUAGAGGCUAAAGUUUUGUGUUUAGAAUGUGAUAUUUCUAGAAAUAUUUUUGAAAAAAUAGAUGAUCCAUUGGAAAAUCAAGACCAGAUACUUGGACCUUCAGAAUCAGAGGUAAAGGCAGAUAUAUGUACAGAUCAUCCUCCAAAUGAUUUUCUUACAUGUUCAGCAUCUGAAAUGGAAGUACACCAACCUGUUUCUAGUCCCACUGGUGAGUUACCUGAGAAUGCAGUGUCAGUGGUUAAUGAAGAAAAAAUGAUAGAGAGUCUCAGAGUAGAAAUUACUGAUCAUAAAGAUUCUACAGUAAAAACUGAAGAGCAUGUAGAGAGUCCCAAGUUAGAAUCUUCUAAGGGUGAAAUUAUACAAACAAUGGACAAAAUAUCUAUUGAGAGCUCAGAGAUUCAAUUGUUUGGGCAUGUUGAAACUGAAGAUGCAGAAAUAAUUGCAGCGUGUGAUACUUCAGAGAAUGAAAAUUUCAGUAGUAUUCAAGACUCUGAAAAUAAUUUAUUAAAAAAUAAUCUUCCUCAUACCACCAAGUUGGACAAAUCUUUAGAAGGAAAGACUGAAUCUCUGGAUCCCAGAUCUACAGAGUUGCCUAACACACACAUUGAACAGAUUCAGAAGCAUUUUAGUGAGGACAAUAAUGAAAUGAUACCUAUGGAAUGUGAUUCAUUUUGCAGUGACCAAAAUGAAUCUGAAAUUGAAGCAUCUGUAAGUGCAGAUUCUAAACAAUUGAAUGAAAAUUCUGUGGCACACAGUUCUGAAAAUAAUAUGCUGUCUUCUGAUUCUGCAAAUGAAAAGGUUGAAACUAUAUCUCAACCAUCUGAAAGCCCAAUAGAUAUAAUAGAUAAAGCCAAAAAGCCUCGUACUCGAAGAUCUAGAUUUCAUUCCCCAUCUACAACAUGGUCUCCCAACAAAGACACUGUGCAAGAAAAGAAGCGAUCUCAGUCUCCAUCUCCCAAAAGAGAAACUGGAAAAGAAAGCAGGAGGUCUCGAUCACCGUCUCCUAAGAAGGAAUCUGCCAGAGGACGGAGAAAAUCUCGUUCUCAGUCCCCAAAAAAAGAUAUUGCAAGGGAAAGGAGGCGAUCUCAGUCUCGGUCUCCAAAAAGAGAUAGUACUAGGGAUGGCAAAAGAUCUGAAUCACUGUCCCCAAGAAGAGAUACUUCUACAGAGAACAGAAGAUCUCAGUCAAGAUUGAAAGACUCCUCCCCAAGAGAAAAAUCCAGGUCCCGGAGCAGAGAAAGAGAAAGUGAUAGAGAUGGGCAGAGGAGAGAUAGAGAUAGGGAAAGGAGAACCAGAAGGUGGUCUAGGUCUAGAUCUCGUUCUAGGUCACCCUCAAGAUCUAGAACAAAAAGUAAGAGUUCAUCGUUUGGUAGAAAUGACAGAGAUAGUUACUCUCCCCGGUGGAAGGAAAGAUGGACAAGUGAUGGUUGGAGAUGUCCACGAGGAAAUGAUCGGUACAGAAAGAGUGACCCAGAGAAACAGAAUGAAAAUACAAGAAAACAAAAAAGUGACGUCAGUUCAGUUGCUGACGAUCCAAAUUCUUCUGACAAACAUAGAAAUGACUGUCCCAAUUGGGUAACAGAAAAAAUAAAUUCUGGGCCUGAUCCAAGGACCAGAAAUCCAGAAAAGGUAAAAGAUUCACACUGGGAAGAAAAUAAAAAUGAAAAUUCAGGGAAUUCUUGGAAUAAAAACUUUGGUUCGGGUUGGGUGUCUAACCGUGGUAGAGGUAAUCGUGGCAGAGGCACUUACAAAGGUAGUUUUGCCUAUACAGAUCAGAAUGAAAACAGGUGGCAAAACCGAAAACCCCUCUCAGGGAAUUCAAAUAGUUCAGGGAAUGAGUCUUUCAAAUUUGUGGAACAGCAACCAUAUAAGCGGAAAAGUGAGCAAGAGUUCUCAUUUGAUACACCAGCAGAUAGAUCUGGGUGGACAUCUGCAUCUAGUUGGGCUGUGAGAAAGACUCUGCCAGCAGAUGUGCAAAACUAUUAUUCACGACGAGGGAGGAAUUCUUCAGGUCCACAGUCUGGAUGGAUGAGACAAGAAGAGGAAACAACUGAACAGGAUUCUAACCUAAAAGACCAAACAAACCAACAAGUUGAUGGUUCUCAGCUACCUAUAAAUAUGAUGCAACCACAAAUGAAUGUAAUGCAGCAACAAAUGAAUACACAACACCAGCCUAUGAAUAUCUUCCCAUAUCCAGUGGGUGUUCAUGCUUCUUUGAUGAACAUCCAACGCAAUCCAUUUAACAUUCAUCCUCAGCUACCCUUGCAUCUCCACACAGGAGUGCCUCUUAUGCAGGUUGCUGCUCCUACCAGUGUAUCUCAGGGACUACCACCACCACCACCCCCUCCCCCGCCAUCCCAACAAGUCAACUACAUUGCUUCACAACCAGAUGGAAAGCAGUUGCAGGGUAUUCCUAGUGCUUCUCAUGUAAGUAGUAACAUGAGUACACCAGUCUUACCUGCUCCGACAGCAGCCCCGGGAAAUAUGGGAACAGUUCAGGGACCAAGUUCUGGUAAUACUUCAUCAUCAAGUCACAGCAAAGCCUCUAAUGCUGCUGUUAAAUUGGCAGAAAGCAAAGUAAGUGUUACAGUGGAAGCCAGCGCAGAUAGCUCGAAGACAGACAAGAAAUUGCAAAUUCAAGAAAAAGCAGCACAGGAGGUAAAAUUGGCCAUUAAGCCAUUUUACCAAAACAAAGAUAUCACCAAGGAAGAAUAUAAAGAGAUUGUACGGAAAGCAGUAGAUAAAGUUUGUCAUAGUAAGAGUGGAGAAGUAAAUUCUACUAAAGUGGCAAAUCUGGUUAAAGCCUAUGUAGACAAAUACAAAUAUUCACGGAAGGGGAGCCAAAAGAAAACUCUGGAAGAACCUGUGUCUACUGAAAAAAACAUAGGCUGAAAUGGGGAGCGCUAUAAAAGGACAUUAUCAAGAUAUCUGCAAAGUGCAAUUUCAACAUGUACCAUUAAACUGAAAAUCAUGCAUAACUGUGAUUGAAAUUUGGUUUUGAUAAAAUUAUUUUUUUUAAUGUAGGGUAUAAUGUUUUGUUCUAAAUAAAUAUAGUUCUGCACUGCAACUUCUAUAAUCUCUCCCCCUCCCCCAAUAAAGCAAAUUUAAGGGAAAGUAAAGGGUUUAAAAGAGUGUGCAUUUUUAGUAGGACUGUCUUAUAGUGUGGAUACUGGAACAUGCACAGCUUUUUGGUUGAAACAAUGGAGUGCAUAAAUUAGAAACUUCUAAGUGCACUGGUUUGGGAAGAUAUAUAUAUAAUACAUUUAUUCUGCCAGGCUAAAACAUAAAGUAUGCUCUUUAUGAUUUUUCCUUCUAAUUAUAGAAAGUUAAAUAAUGUAUGACCAUGAAAAAUAUUUCUAAUAUUAAAUAGAACAUACCAAUUGCAGGGUUCCUAAUGUGUAUUUUUAAAGCACAUAUCAAUAAAUUGCUUAGAUAGAAAACGUUAUCAUGAGGAAAAUUUAGAGUUCAAAACUUUGAGACACUCUUCACCUGUUGUAAUCUCCAAAUAAAGGUUGUGCUGCUUGUUUUUCUAUUGUGCUUUUUUUCCCCCCAGUUGAGACGAAGCAGUUUGAUUAACUGUACUUACAACUAUGGCAAUUCAAAGUCUUUGUUGAAUUUAGAAGACCAUUUUGGAAAAAGCGUUGACAUAGAAAUUAUGUUCUUUUAUAAUAUCUUCUACCUAUCAGAGAUGAUAAAUUAUUUGUGCCAACUGGAGAAUUGCUAAGUGGUAACCUUCCCUUCCUUGGGACUAAGGUAGCAUUGUACGACUCACUUCACUGGCUUAAGGCUGUUGCUCAUCUGUCUAAUCACUAAUGAAAUUCUUUUCAUACUUGAGUAAUCCCCAAAUGCUUUACAAUGCAUAAGGUGUUAAUUUGGUGACCAUGUGGUGGCCAUUAGCCGUGUUGCAAAAUUCUAGUCUGUGUUUUGGAAAGGGAGAGGAAAUAAUGAAGUCUUGGUUAGGCUUUUGGGGACUAGGGAUUUGGUUACUUUUUAAUGUACUAGAAUGUUAAUUUUUAUAAAAGGUAAGUUUAAAGUAUUUAUGGCGCUAUUAUUUUAAUUGAUGUCUUGAAAGAAAAAUGGGUUCUUUCCAUAAUAAACUGUCUUUCAUUCCAGUAACAAUCUUCAGUAGAUACCAAAUAACUAGAAAACUAUUCAGAUAAGAUGUUAAUAGAUCCAUGGUAGAUAUAUGCCUCAGUGAGACAAACCGGCCCACUUACUAGCUAAACUAUUUAGCGAAAGCAAUACUCUGUAGGAAUGUGCUUUCUAAAGUAAAGAUUGUUUCUAAAUUUUAUGUGCAUAAUACUUUCCUGGUGCUAGCUUUGAUAGGCAAAAUAUUUUGAAAUGUUGGCCCCCGUAAUGAUUUUGCUAGUAUAAGUUUUGUUAGGUUAUGAGUAUAAUCCUACAAAUAUUUCCAAGCAGUUUUUGAUCUUCAUUCUACAUUUCUGGGCAUUUGUAAUAUGGCAUUCUACUGACAUAUAUAUUUUUAAUUCAAGUUUGUGUUUAGAAUAUGUUGAAAAAAAAAGUUUGGAAGUAUAUUUCUUCUAAAGUAAUAUUAAGAGUGUAUUUCAAACAUCAAAGCAUACCUCCUCAGUCAUUUCAGUUUAGAUCUCUAGAAACAAUUGUGUGAACUUUCAAUCUAUUUUGAGUUAAGGCUGUAUGACACUUGGAAAAUUUUGUAGCAAAUUGCUAUGCCUAAGCUGAUUAAUCACACAGUGCAUACUUUUCCUGCAUUUCCUUUCAGUGACAUUUGGAAAUUGGGUGAUAUUUUAAAAUUUGCUUUAUACCAUUUAACUUUUGCAAACAAGUUUUAAAGUCAAGAAAAACUAGAUGGUGUGGUCAAAAGUUAAAGUCUCAUCUUUGGUAGAACUCCCAUAAAUUAUUUUCACUUUUCUUGAAAAUAACAAGUGUGUGGUCGCUAUCUGAUUAGGGCACUGGUUAGACUACAUUUAAAAUAGCUAAUGAAGAACGUUACUGGAUUAGAAUUGAAACUUUUUAAACUUUGAGAUAUUUAAGAAUGUAUUAGAAAAUGCAUGCUUUAUGUUAAAAAAAAUAUUGCUUUAACAUCCCCCAUUGGUUUUUUCAAAAAUUCACAUUAAUUUUUCAUGUGCACAAACUUAAUCAAAAACAUUUUGUGGGGUUACAGAUUUCUCUUGUUAUUUAUCAAGAUUCAGUAUUGAGUUGACCUUUGAAACCUUGGUCCCUUUAAUGUACUAGUCACAUUGACCAAUGUUUUAGGCCUAGAAUUUUGAGACUAACAGUCAUCGAUAAUUUUAACAUUCCAAAAGUUUUGUGUUUUUUUUUGCGGGGGUGGGGGGUUCUGGUAAUUACCACAUUUUCUCCAUUACCUUCCUUUAAAUGGCCAUAGUGUAUAUACUGUUUGAAUGUUCCAUCCAAAAGAUGCAGCUUCAGAAGCACAGUGGUUGCCCCAGGGUCCAUGAGACAUUGUUUGUAGUAUGAGGUUGGAGUGCUGUCUACUGAAAUAAUACUCUUAAACAAAUAUGUAGUGUGUAAUAUUUCCUAAUAAAUUCUUUUGAUAAACAAA